UUUAGAAAAAAUAACAGAUUAUUCAGUGUUGCAGGUUUCAUACAUUUUCCAACCAAAUGUCAUAUUUGACAGUACCAGUUACCUGAGUUACUGAGGGGUAAUCAGAUUUACGAUACAGUUUCGGAAUGCAAGUGUCUAGUCGUGUCGUUGGGGAUACUGUGCAACAUUACAGAAUGCAGCCAUAAACUAAAUAUCAUCGCAGCCAUCGCGAAGAUUGUCACUUUUGUCGUUGUCGUCCGUGAGAAAACGAAAACAAUCGAGAUUCAAAACCGGUAAGCUUGCUGGUUUGCGAGUGAUGAUAUUCCGAAAAUUAACAAACAAUAUCGUAACCAACAUUAUUAAGAACAUUUCGGUUUUCUCCGUUCCUACCGAAGCCAUCCACGGACUCUGCAAAAUGAAAUUCCUCAAUCAGCAGGAAGCGAUCGCGGUAGACGAAGAACUUUUUAACCAGUACCGAUUCAGCGUCGACCAGUUGAUGGAGUUGGCGGGCCUUAGCUGUGCCCAUGCCAUCAACGAUUGCUACGGCACCAGUGCUAUAAACAAACGUGUUCUUGUUUGCUGUGGCCCCGGUAACAACGGUGGCGAUGGUCUGGUAGCUGCCCGCCAUUUGGUACUGAUGAACUACGAACCGUAUGUAUACUAUCCAAAGCGAACGCCGAAAGAGUUAUUUGCAAAUCUUCAGCACCAGUGUGAGUCGAUGGGAAUCACGGUUAGCCAGGAAUGUCCAACGUUAAACUGGGUCGAUGACCGAUUCGGACUGAUCGUAGAUGCGCUGUUUGGAUUCAGUUUCAAGCCCCCGGUUAGGGAGUCCUUCGUUCCUAUUAUGGAGGUGUUGAGACGGACAAAGGUUCCCAUCGCGAGUAUUGACAUUCCGAGUGGUUGGCAUGUAGAGGAAGGUCCGCAGAGUGAAGAGGAUAUUAAACCGGACUGUUUGAUUUCGCUGACAGCACCUAAGAUGUGUGCAGCGCAUCUUGCAAGUGUGAAACACUACCUCGGCGGUCGUUUUGUCCCACCUAAGUUGCAGGAAAAGUAUUCGUUGCAACUCCCAACAUAUGCGGGAAAUGAUUUGUUUGUUAGACUAGUCUAAUUUAUUGUUUGGUUUAAAAAAGGACAUUUCGGAGAUUGUUGAAACAUUGCAUUGAUAUUUCAUACCAAAAAAUAAGCUCUGUUUAAAAAUAC